AUGGAGCCAGCAUUGCGAAGAGCAGUAUCCAGCGUUUGCGGACAAUGUUCUGCAACCUUGCGGAAGCAAUUGAUUGCCAAUGGAGUCUCCAGAACCGCCCCUCGAAUUGCAUCAGCCCACUCGACCCGAAGCCUCCAUUCAACUGUUUCGAGGAGAUCGAAGACAACCAAUACGCCUACGAGACAAUUUUCUUCGACGCCGAAAGCUUCGCAAGAAGCUGUUGCUGCCAAGGCCACCGCCAACGAAAGCCCGGCCCCUAAGCUCCGAUCGGACGACCUAUUCCACUCCUUCACGAACUCGCCUAUCCCAGAGAUCCGCCGCCGUGCGGCUUUCAUGAGACAGCAUGCGUAUUGCCCUCACCCAGAACAUCGCGCGACUCGAGUUCCUACCAUUGCCCCUCACGGAGAGGAAGCCCAGUCGCAAACGGGCCAGCUUGCGCCGGCGCACGUCGAUUUCGAAUGCCCCGACUGUGGAGUCCCUGUUUACUGCAGCAAGGAACACUGGAUGGAUGACUACGAGGCUCAUCUCGAGAUCUGUGACACUUUGAAGGAGAUUAACGAAGACGACCAUGAUCUUCGGUCUGGCCGCGCGUUCCCCGAGUUCGUUAUGGCAGAUGAUCAGAUGCCUGAGGCUGUUGUUAACAUGACGAACUGGGAUACCUUCAUGUACAGCCGCGAAUUCGAGGCCAUAAAUGAUGAGCGUAGCAUGCGCCAGGUUACGAAGAUGCUUACAUACCCUAUCACCAUUGGUAGUGUUCUCCAUGAGCUGAGCCCUUACAGCAUCAAGCAAGGCGAAAGAUUGACGAGCGAGGGUUUGAAGAGUUUGAGUGCUUUACGGUACACCCUUCACCCUCCACUGUCCGGAAAGGGCACGGCUAUGAAGGACCUUCGUCCCGAAGCUCCUCCUGUGCGGAUAUUUUGCCUGGGAGCUCGUGCCGAAUCAUCGCUGCCUAGAAACGUUUGGCUCCAGCUCGCGCAUCUGUUCCCCGAGAGCAGGGUUCAUCUUAUCUUUAUCGGCCCGGAGAGUAUGGCAAACCGCGAUGACGAGUUCCCGUUGCCGCCGCGAACCCCCGAGAACCCCUUCGGUAUGGUCAUUGAGGACCGGAUAUCGCACAAGAUGAAGAUCAGCACUAUUGUGGACUACUACCAUACCAUCCACAAGACCGGGUACUUUGCGCCGUACGACCCGUACUUUGACUGUUUCUGUCUUUUCCACCCUGGCCUGGGCCAUCCCGCAAGCAGCCACGAGUGGACGGAGACGCUCCCUCUACUUUUGGAGACCAAGCUUCCCAUCAUCGCCACGGGUUACACGCAGUUCGACAUGGAGAGAGACAUUGAAUGGGUUCGCAAGACGGCCGCCGGCGAGUUCGAUGUGCUGCUGGAACCUGGCGAAAACCUGUUCCGCAGCUUGAGGUGGGACAUGAACGAUCUGGAUCCCCAGGACGUCAGCUGCGGAAACUGGGGAGUGUGGGCGUUCCGCGGAAAGAGAUAUGAGACGACCAAGAAGGACGAUGAAUAG